ACAAUAACCUUUACAUACUCCACAAAAGUUGCUCUCACUUGUAACUCGGAGACUCCACCAUGGCUCGCUCUGCAUUGUUGAAGCUGGCCUGUGUGCUGCUCGCGUGCAUGGUCGCAGCGGCACCUGCGGCUCGAGCAGCGGUCACAUGCGGCCAGGUGACGGGCGCUAUGACCCCGUGCAUUCCCUACGCAAGGAGCGGCGCGGGGCCCGUGCCGGCGACUUGCUGCAACGGGAUCAGGUCGCUCAACUCGGCGGCUCGGACCACCCCGGACCGCCAGGCCGCCUGCAAGUGCUUGAAGUCGGUCUCGGGAAGCAUCUCCGGCCUUAAUUACGGAGUCGUUGCCGGGCUUCCUGGGAAGUGCGGGGUCAGCAUCCCGUACAAGAUCAGUCCCAGCACCAACUGCGACAGCGUGAAGUGAAAAUGGAUUAUACGACUACGUUUCAGCUUCUGAGAUAGCAAGAGUUAGCUUCGAAUAAAAUGAAUGUGCGACGAACCAAUACUAG